AUGACCCAGUUGAACCAGGUCUGGCUCCAUAAGAACCAAUUCACUGGUCCGAUCCCAGACAUCUCAAAGUCUGAAACUUUGUUUGAUCUUCAGCUUCGUGAUAACCUGUUAACUGGCAUUGUGCCAGCCACAUUGAUGUCCUCAACUGCCAUACAAAAUGUUUCUUUGGACAAUAACAAGCUGCAGGGUCCUCUGCCUGUGUUUGGGUCCAAUGUGAAAGCCACAUUUGAUGGUACUAAUAGCUUCUGCCUAACCAAACCAGGACCUUGUGAUCCGCAGGUCAACACUCUGCUUGAGGUUGCAGGGGCUUUGGCGUACCCAAUUUUGCUUGCUGAGUCUUGGGAAGGAAACAAUACUUGCGAUGGAUGGAGCUUCAUUGUUUGUGAUACGCAAGGAAAGGUUAUCACUGUGAAUUUUAUGAACAAGCAUUUCACUGGGAUCAUUUCGCCUGCAUUUGCCUAUUUGACAUCUUUGAAAAAUUUGGUGUUGAAGAAUAACAAUUUGACCGGGUCGAUACCGGCUAGCUUGUUAACCUUGCAGCAGCUUCAGCUUCUUGAUGUUUCCAAUAACAAUCUUUUUGGGGAAAUUCCGAAAUUCCCAGAUACGGUGAAGUUAAUUACAACAGGCAAUGUCUUGAUUGGGACUACUCCGAGUUCUGGAGGUGGAGGAGGAGGAACUCCAUCCGGGUCUGGUUCGAAUGGAACUACACCCAAUGGGACUCCGGCUCCGGCAUCGGGUGGUUCUUCAGUGUCUACUGGUAUGAUUGCUGGUAUAGUUAUUGCUAUUGUUAUUUUCAUUUUGGUGCUUUUUUUUGUGUCCAUCAAAUGUUAUGGAAAUAAAAAGCAUAUUGUAAGGAUAGUGGAUAGUGAAAAUGGGUGCAAUGGAAUCCCAAGUGAUAAAACUGGCCUUCAUCUUUCUGAGGGUGGAAAUGUUGCAAUUUCGAUCGAAGUUCUUCGAAAAGUGACAAACAAUUUUGGUGAGGAUAAUAUAUUGGCGAGAGGAGGAUUUGGAGUUGUUUACAAAGGUGAAUUGCAUGAUGGGACUAGAAUUGCUGUUAAAAGGAUGGAAUGUGUGGCAGUGAGCACUGAAAGAAUGAAUGAGUUCGAGGCAGAAAUUGCAUUCCUAGCUAAGGUCAAGCAUAGGCAUCUAGUUUCUCUUUUAGGAUACUGCAUCAAUGGAAAUGAGAGGCUUUUGGUGUACGAGUACAUGCCACAAGGAACAUUAACACAGCACUUGUAUAAUUGGCGUGAGAACGGCGUACCUCCUCUUACUUGGAGGCAGAGAAUCACAAUAGCAUUGGAUGUGGCAAGAGGAGUUGAAUAUCUGCAUGGCUUAGCUCCACAAAGUUUCAUUCAUAGAGACUUAAAACCCUCUAACAUUCUUCUAGGGGAUGACAUGAGGGCCAAGGUGGCCGACUUUGGCUUGGUAAAACAUGCCCCUGAUGCGAAUUCUGUUGAGACUCGGGUGGCAGGGACGUUCGGUUAUCUUGCACCAGAAUAUACAGCUACCGGACGAGUGACGACAAGAGUAGAUGUUUAUGCAUUUGGAGUGGUGUUGAUGCAACUUUUGAGUGGGAAGAAGGCCUUAGAUCAUACAAUUCCAGAUGAAAGGUCUCUCUUGGUUACAUGGUUCCGCAGAUUCCUUAUUAAGAAGGAAAACAUUCCAAAGGCUAUUGACGAAACUCUUAAGAACCAUGAUGAGGAGACAAUGGAGUGUAUAUACAAAGUUGCUGAGCUAGCAGGACAUUGCACUGCUCAUAAUCCAUUCCAAAGACCAGAGAUGGGCUAUGUGGUCAACAUCCUGGCUCCUCUGGUUAGGAAUUGGAAGCCUACCAGUCAUGAAGAAGAAGAAAAGUAUCGCAUUGAUCGGCACAUGAGCCUUCCUCAAGGAUUGGAAUGGCAAGCCAAUGAAGACGCUUCUGAUGUUGAAGUCUCUUGGCUUACCAGAAUUCCCAGAAGUUUAAGUUGUUAG